AUGGUUAUCAAGGAAGACGGCACCAAAUGGGCAUGCCAGUCAUGUCUGAAGGGCCACCGCGUGAGUGGCUGCACGCACACCGACCGUGAGUUGACGCUGGUCCCCAAGAAAGGCAGACCUGUCACCCAGUGCCAACAUUGUCGUCUUGAACGUAAGAAACGCUCAGCCCAUGUAAAGUGCGACUGUGGUGAGGUAGAAAAGCCACAUCAUCCCAAGGAAAAAUGCAUUCAUCUGCGAGAAGCCGAAGAGCGAGCUAAAGCAGGCUAUCGCGAAGAGUCUCAUGACGAGAAGGACCCUGUCCACCUCGCUGCCGUUGCCGAAGAACAAGGCUGCUGUUGCCAUCAUGGUGGGAAGUGCACCUGUUCCUUCUUAAAGAAAGAACAGGAUUCAAGUGACGACUGCACGCCCCACGGUCCCGCCGUCCCCAAGCCGCGACUUGACACCACUAGAUCUGACGGAUCAAUUACCGUCUUCGCGAAUGGGCACCAUAAACCUGUACAUCGGAAGAACCAUGCUGCUCAGGAAUGCGGCAUGCCAUACAAGAUGCCGGUACCCAGAUCCGAGCACGGCACGGCGACCGCAGCCCGACGCUCCGUGGACAGCCUUGCACUGAAAGACAACUCGGCGUACAACCCUUGCAAUUUCAACUUCAACAGUGGAGUCCCAUCACUCCCCAAUGAGAGCCGAACCCCAUCCACGCAGCCAUCCCCCAGUGGAUCUCACGGGUUGACAAAUCCAAGACUGUCCUCAAUGGACUUUAACAAUCUUGCCCCAGUGCAAAGCAAUAGCAGCAUCGAAACGACAGCGAGCGACUCUAUGGUGUUUCCUCCUUUCGACCCAAUGUCCGGACUCGCCGAUAGCCAUUAUGAUCCCUGGUCUGUCUACCCUUCAUCAGAGUCAAGUCAUCUGCCCAACAACAACCCAUUCAGCGCGUGGCCUACUACAUUCGACGCCAGCGGUGCUGCCCAACCCGCGUUGACUGCUGCUUCGUCCGGCACACAGUCUGAGGUUGACGAGAUACCUACCAUGGAUGACUUGUACAAUUUCCCCAUGCCCAGUAUCCAAGAGGGCCUCGACAUGGAUAGCACCUCAGCAGAGACAUAUGCCAGUAAUCGCCAUAGCUUGCCACCGGGGUUCUUUGGAAACGCCGACUUUAGCCUGCCCACAGCACCCAACGACUUCCAGACGCCGAUUGGAAGCGUUCGGGGUUCCGACAGUGGAAAGUCACGCAACGACCAACCUUUGGGCGUCUAUGAUGUCUGGCAAUCUCCCACAAUGCCGACGAUGACGAAUAUGGCGCAGCGCACCACAAUGGCCACAUCAAAUCCGGGCCGGCCUCAAUCUCAGUCCGUCGGUCCUGCCAGUGCUCCGAACGACGAUCUCAUCCGACAAUUGUUUCCAGACAUAGACAUCAGCAAUGCUCCAUUCGGCAUAGGAAAUAGCCCGACCGCCAUGCAAUCUGGAAAGGGUAUCGGAGGGGUUCCCAAUAUGAUACCUACCUCUGCAAAUAUGGAUAUGACAACGUCCGGCUUUGCUCCUCAAGGUUGGAAUGAUGGUUCAAUGAGCGUCCCCAAUGACGACUUUCCAAGCCCGUACAGUCUCAGCCAGAACUUCCCGGCUGACGAAUUCRGCUGGUCCUACAACUAG